AUGUGUAUUACAUUUGCAAUAUCUUUAAUUUUUAUUAUUAUUCUAAUUAUUGUAUUAGCAUUUACCAGUACUCAGGAUUCCUGCCCAGAUGAUUGGAUUAGUUUCCAAAACAAAUGCUAUUACUUCUCUAAAGAAGAAGGGGAUUGGAAUUCAAGUAGACACAACUGUGUCACUCAACGUGCUGACCUAACUAUGAUUGACACUGAGGAAGAAAUGGCAUUUCUUAAGCGACACAAAUGCACUUCUGAUCACUGGAUUGGGCUGGAGAUGACAGAAAAUCAAGCAGGACGAUGGGUAAAUGGAACCAUAUUUAACAAAUGGUUUUCUGUGAGAGGAAAUGAAAAAUGUGCUUACCUCGAUGAUGAUGGUGCAGCAACAGCCAGAUGCUACACAGAAAGAAAAUGGAUUUGCAGGAGGAAAAUGCACUAACUUAAUGUUUCCAUAGUGGAAUUGCAACAUGGGUACCAUGAUUUUUGUAAUUCUUUUUUUCUUUCCCUCUGUAUAAGUUAACUUU